AUGGCUGAGCCAGCAAAAAGACCUAAGAAAUGGUUGUCGGUGAAGGAGGUGAGGGAGAGGAAGAAAGCGAGGGACCUCACAAGAAGAAGAGAAUGGACUUUGGCAGUCUUGACCCUACUGACUAUGUCUCUCGGCUCGCUGCUGCUGCUCUUCAACAACCACACGUGUCCCUGUGCUGCCCGGUGCGUCAAUCAGACCGCGCUGAACAUCCCAGCUGGCAGGUUUCUGAGUCACUACUGGCCCGCAUCUGCCCCCCCAAUGCUGCAGCCGGACACCUGCGCAAAGGCAGCCAAAGAAAUGCGCGGAGAGGAGCGCAAACGGUCCCUGUCCCCGUGGAUUUACAGGAUAAACCAAGAUGACAACAGGUUUCCUCGUAAGAUCUUCUUUGCCGAGUGUCUUUGUGAUGGCUGCAUCAUCAACCAGCAAGAAAGCUUCGCCUACAACUCUGUCCAGGUGUUUGCUCAGAGGACGGUCCUGAGGAAGUUUCCGUGCCAUCCAGGAUCUGACAAAUACAGGUUGAAAAAAGAGAUUAUCAAUAUUCCAGUGGCCUGCACUUGUAUUGUGCCCAAAGAAAAUGAAACAUAACUAAAAUAAUUUAUAUUGUCACCACACCAGUGCUAGUUCUUAAGUAACCAAGUUAACCUAAGACAAAAUAAUCCAUCCCAUAGCUUUGGGUUAAACAACUUCUAUGACCUAUAAAUGUGUCGUUAGUUAGAGUCAUUUAUCUCAGUUUGUUUGUGUGAAAUAUAUUCUUUUUAAAUCAACGUAGGAACCUCUGAGAUGUUUGUUUCAGUUUAGGUGGUUUAAGGUUCCCAAAAGUGAAACUUUCAGGUCCGGUUCCAGAAAACAAAUUAAUAAUCACACCAGGUAUUUGUCGAAUCAGGUGGACUUUUAAGCCACGCAAGCUUUGCAACUCUAAGGUCGACAGCUUUGACUAAAAUAUUUCAACAACUAUUGGACGGUCUGUGCAAAAAUAGUGGACGAUCAUCUGCUUUACUCUAAAUGGGGCCAUUUACUAAGAAGACUUAUGAUUGAGACCAUAAACUCAUUUCUGUGGUCAGAAAUCAAGUGAGAAGUAGGGAUAUUUUCUCAUACACUUCUAUACAAGAGAAAACAGUAUA